UAUGUCCUCCCCCGGAAAGUAUCGAUCUGAUUUUGUGUCACACAAACCCAUGUCGUAUCCGCAGAUGAAAGUGUUGCUUGUCGCAGAAAUGCGUGGGCAUGGAUCCUCCAUAAAGCCCCACAUUGAAUAUUUGAGAUGUCUUUCGCGUUCGCAUUCAUUCACCGAACAGACCACCUUGGGGGCCAGUAUCGGAGUGGGACUCUCUGCAUGUGCGACAAUCCAAAUCAACUUGUUUCGUGUGCCUUGCUCGAUGCGGGACGCAUUUGUUCAACUAUCGCGCACUCGUCAAUCAAGUAUUUCGAGAUUCCAGUCCCGCUCCAAAUUGUUGGAUAUGCACGAACGAAGACAAAGAGACAAUGGGAAGAAUAUCGGGAGCACAGGGAGGCCACAUGGGAGAGAAACGGAGCCAUGGGUCGAAAUCCCAAUGCUAGGGGCCCAACGGUCCUGUCGGCCUGUAAGAUUUUGCAGGCCCUCGGGUUUGACCAAUAUACAAUGCAUGUCUUGCGGUAAAAGGCUCCGAUCUGGACAUUGGUGA